AUGAGCAACAGAGGCAACCCUAAGAUCUUCAUACGAAGACCGCCUAACCAGUCCCUCGAUCACAAUGAGUCGCUCGUGUCUAACGCGAACAUAACUGGACGUACGGUGUCGUCGUCCUCUAAUGCUUCCAUGAUGAGCACUCCGAGCAACAACAUCCGAAGAAUACAAGAACAGCGACAACAACAGCUGCAAUUGAUGAAGACCUCACAGGCCAAUCAGCUGAAAAACGCAAGGAAGAACUCAAAGGCGAGGUUUUCCGGUCUGAGACCUUCCAACUCCAACGUCAAGUACAAGUUGCUUAACUUACAGAAGUCGUCCAAGCGGUUUUCAUCUUCAGAGCUUGCGGGCCACAGUCUGGAAAAGUUGAUUACUUCCAAUAUAAACCAGACUAUUGAAAGUAUUUCGCUCAAUAAUGCCAUGAAGGAGGGAAAUGGGUAUGAUUACUCCGUCUAUGUCAAGAGAGACACCGAGGACAGUGGUAACCACCUAGGUAGUACGAGAGAUCGCAUUGGGCCACUGUUAGAGCAAAUUGACAACGAUGGUGGCAGCCGACUAAACGCAUCAGUGAAGCAAUCACAAAUCAGUGCAUGGGAAUCUGCAGAAAAGGUCACCAAAAAUCUCAUAUUCAAUAACUCGUCUGACGAUGACGACGACGAACUCGAAGAUAGCAGCAGUUUGCUUGGCAGCAAGGAUGCCAUCAAAUCAAUUCCUGGGUAUACCGAUGGCGAGUUGAAUUUUAUUAUCUCGCGGUAUAAUCUGCACUUGCUCCGUAUUAACACUAAUGGUGAGUUGACUAUGGCAGAUUUUCAUCGCUUGGAAGAGGAGGAGGAAAAAAUCUUGUGGGAAUACAGACAAAGGCAUCAGGUUUCACAGGAGAGGAUCUUUGCACAAUACCUGUCGAUGAAUGAUAAGCGUAAAGUUCAGGUGAGCCAAAAGAAGGAGUUAUUGAAGAGAAUAUUUGGGAAUAGUAACAACUUGAAUCAGAAUUUCAUAACAAACAACACUAGUUAUUCCAUAAUGGAGAAUGUUUCCAACAGUCAAUUGACAUUUCAUGAGGAUGAAGAAGAAAUCUCGCAAAUCUUGGAGGCGCACGAGUAUUUCCAAAAGGUGUUGGAGGAGACAUUGAACUUGAUAAAGAACGCUAAGAAUCAUAUUUUGAGUGCUAGUGGUGGGAGCCAUGGCAAGCACAAAUUGAACGGAACUGACAGAAAGAUGUUUAAUACAAGCUACACUGGAAGUGACAUUGAGCACUUUAGCAGUGAAAAGUUUCAGAGUAUUGUUGCGAGCCAAUUAGAUGGGAUAUAUGGGAAGUACAUCAAAAAGGUUGAUAAGGAGAAUGGAGGUGAAGGAGACCUGGAAAAGGGAGAAAAUAGAGCUAAUGAUAAUGAUAACGAAAACGAAAAUGAAGAGGACGAUAAUGACGAAGAAAGGGAUGAAUUACAGAGCUUCUCAAUAGCAUAUCUUCGAAAGUGUGUGAGAGAAGACAUUGACGAGGAGAACGGAGGCGAGACAGGAGAGUAG